AUGGAGUCUCGAUCGGUGCUCAAGGGGUAUAAGCUCCAAUACCCGGGUAACCUCGGACUAGUUCUGAACGAGUCGAUGAGCACGUCAAACUUGCAGCCGAUUGAAGUUGUACCGGUCGUGGCGGCCGGUAUUGUUUUCGGUAUAUUAACAAUCAUCGGCUCCAUUUCCACAACGAUCUUCAUCGCGGUGCUUAUUCGAGGGCGAAAUCGAUUUUCUGAGUUUCCAUUCUUCGUGCUCGUCUGGCAUAUGACCGUGGCUAACGCUAUUCAUAUGGUAAUGGUCAUCUCAACAAUAAUGCCGAUCAUGCUCAUCGAGAUUGGAGAUGACAGUCCGGAACGGAUGUGGUACAUUUGGGGUUCACGAGUACUUACGCUUACCGAGCAAGCUGUGCUCUACUUCACUCUGUUGAUGACGAUCAAUCGUUUCGCCGUGUUCGUCUAUCCGCAUCUUCUUGUCGCAUUCACUCAUCUAAUUUUCAUCGGCACACGUGCUAUGAUUUUGUCGAUGCUGGCAUGGGCUUACAUAGUAUUCAUCGUCGCAUGGAAUGUCUACUCUGGUGCAACAAAGACGUUCUCGAGGAAGAAGCUCAGCAUGCAGGAUACAAUACUAGGAAACAAUUUGCUGACCACG